AUGUCUCCCUUCAAGAACAUUGCUGUAGCCGGAGCAUCCGGUGAUCUCGGCUCCGCUGUUUUCAGCCGCCUCGUCGCCUCCAACAAAUUCAACCUCACAGUCCUCACCCGCAGCGGCACAAAGGCCACUUUCCCCGAGGGCACCAAGGUCAUUGAAGUCGACUACGACUCUCUAGACUCUCUCACCGCCGCUCUUCAAGGCCAAGACGCCGUCGUCUCGGUACUGGGCAGUUUCGCCAUCGCUAGCCAGGAUCUUCUCAUCGACGCCGCCAUUGCCGCCGGUGUCAAGCGCUUCCUCCCAUCCGAGUUCGGGUCUAACUUGGUUAUCCCCAGCGUUCGCAACCUUCCCGUCUUUCGCGCAAAGGUCAUCAUCGAGGAUAAGCUCAUCGCGCUUGCGAAUGAGGGCAAGAUUAGCUAUACCUUUGUUUACAACUCGGCGUUCCUCGACUGGGGUAUCAACAAUAAUCUCUUUUUCGACUCUGCCAAAUCAGAGAUUACAAUCUGGGACGACGGCAACGCCGAGUUCAGCACCACAACUCUCUCCAGCGUCGGCGACGCGGUCGUUGGUGUCCUGAGCCACCCCGAGGAGACGCAGGAUCGCAUUGUAUAUGUCCAGAGCACGUCUCUUACAUUGAACAAAUUCCUCCAGCUGGCUAAGGAGGUCAACCCUAGCAAGGAAUGGAAUGUUAAGCAUGCAAAGAUUGACGAUGCUGUUGCUCAGUCCGAUGCCAAUGUUGCAAAGGGGAUCUUUGAUUGGCCUACGCUUUCUGUUUAUCUUGUGCGAUCUAUUUUUGAUGCAAACAGUGUUCCCAAGUACCCUAAGCUUGAUAAUGAGCUUUUGGGUGUUAAGAGUGUGUCGGAUGAGGAGGUUAAGGAGCUUCUUAAGCCUCGCCUGCUGUAG